AUGUCCGUCCUACCCCCACGAAGUUAUCGUGCUAGUCGAUAUCCAGUAUCCAGACCUAGAUUCGUUCCUAGACCACCAGUAGCCGGUGGUGUUGGUGCCGGACUAGGUGCAGGUGCUGCAGCUGGUGGCCUAGCUGGUUUGAUCGGUGGUCUAGGUGUACCAUUACUUUGCCUUGGAUGUCUAUGUGCAAUAGCCAUUUUGGGACUCUUUGCGACCAUGAUAGGUGCUGCAGCCUAUAUGAACGCAAUUCAAAGUCAAAUUCGUAAAAAUGUUCAAGGUGCUGGAACGACGAUUGAACUUAAUAUUGUAGUUCUUUUAUGUACACUUCUCUGUUCGAUUUAUGUGUUGACAAAAUAUCGACGAGGUGGUGCUCUUAGUUGUUGA